UUCUCAGCUCUGCGCUUGCGCGCCAGACUCUCGGCUGAGUUUGGAGAGUCGCCUUCUCUCGAGCCCACGAUGGCCGGAACCGCGCUGAAGAGGCUGAUGGCGGAAUACAAACAGCUGACGCUGAACCCGCCGGAGGGAAUCGUCGCCGGUCCUGCCAACGAGGAGAACUUCUUCGAGUGGGAGGCUCUGAUCAUGGGUCCCCAGGACACGUGCUUCGAGGGCGGAGUCUUUCCUGCCGUGCUCAGCUUCCCCUCCGACUACCCUCUGAGUCCUCCCAAGAUGAGGUUCACCUGCGACAUGUUCCACCCCAACAUCUACCCGGACGGACGCGUCUGCAUCUCCAUCCUUCACGCGCCAGGCGACGACCCCAUGGGCUACGAGAGCAGCGCUGAGAGGUGGAGCCCGGUCCAGAGCGUGGAGAAGAUCCUGCUGUCUGUGGUCAGCAUGCUGGCGGAGCCCAACGAUGAGAGCGGCGCCAACGUGGACGCCUCCAAGAUGUGGCGGGAAGAUCGGCAGCAGUUCUUCAGGCUGGCUCAGAAGAUCGUCCGCAAGUCGCUGGGACUGUAGACCUCACCCCUGAGGACUGGACUGGACUGGACUGGACUGGGUGACGCUGGUGUCGCCGGACUCAGCCGUGGAUUCGAGUCCAUCCCUGUCAAUGACUGAGACUUGUUAGCCACCUGUGUGAAUACAGUCGCCUGCGUGC